AUGCAAGGAGCUGCGCAAUCUUUGAGGGCGAAGAAAGCUGCCGAAAGAAAGGCGGCCGAGGAGAAAAGGGUUUGCGAGGCGACGUUCGGUCCGUCACCUAUGCCUGAAGUUAACUUUGAUCCGCAGGCUGCCGAUGGUGCCGAGGCGACUGAGGAGAUUCGGGUCACUGCGGACUUGUCCAGGCCCGAGGCCUCUGGUGAUGUUCGGCCGGAUGUGGAAGUUCCCGCCGCAGCAGGGGCUUCGGCAAUUGUAGCUCUGGGUGCCAAGGCGAAGGCUAAGGCAAAAGGGAAAAGGCCCCGAGGCGAUAGCUCGGGAGGACGCAGAAAAGAAAAGAGGAGCCGCAGUGAAGUUCCCAUCCAUAAGGAUAAGAUAGCUUCGGCUAAUCUUAUCGCUUCUUGUUCGGGUCCGCCGCUUCCUGCUCCCGAGGCCUUGCUGGAGGCACAAAACUAUCGUGAGACUGCCGCUGGAUUUCUGAAGGCCUUCAACUUGAUGAAUUCCAUGGUCCGAGCCUACGAUUCUGGAGCUCGGAAAUCCGAGCUUGCUCGUGAAAAAUCGGAGAUCUCCCGGGCCGAAGUAGAGGCUAGGGUUUCCGAGGCGAUGGCGGCUAAACAAGAGGCCGAGGCAUCGGCCAAGGCCGAGAAGGUGGAGCGGUUGAAGGCUUUGGAGGAUAGCCUGCGAACUCGGAGAAAGCUCGAGGCCGAGAUUGCACGCCUUCAUCGGUUAUUCACCGAAGAAAAGGCUCUCCGAGAGAAGGAGGUUAUCAGAGAGCGGAAGGCGGCCAAAAGGGAGUUUGCCGAGAAGAUCAAGGCUAUCGAGGCAAAGAUGGACCAGUACGGGAAGGUGUCCACGCGCUAUAUGUACUUGGUGCAAGCGCGGGCCAAUGCUGAGCUGAUAGCCGAGCUGGAGGAAGGGAAAAAGGUGGAGGAUGAGAAAGCCGAGGUCCUUCAAUGGACGACCGAGUAUGGAGAUGCUGAGGAUGAGUACGUCCGUCUCGGGACCGAGCUGCGAGAGGACUUGAAGCUUGCUCCGGUUUCCCCGGAUUCUGUCGACGAAAGCUUCGGAAAUCGUUCGAUAGAGGGUGCCGCGGCUGCGAUAGGUGUUGCCGACCAGUCGGAUUCGAACCGAGGUACCGAGGUAGCUCAAGUUUCGCCGGUUAACCAAGAUUCGAUCUGA